AUGAAAAAUCUAUCAGCAAAGCUCACGGCUGUACCACAUGCAGAGGAAAACCUGUGUGUUUCUGCAGACGUGAACACAGAGAACCCGGAUGAGAAGUCUAUCAUCACGUACGUCGUCUCCUACUACCACUACUUCUCCAAGAUGAAGGCCCUGAUUGUGGAGGGCAAGCGUGUUGGGAAGGUCCUGGACAAGUGCAUUGAGGCUGAGAAUGUCAUCCAUCGGUACGAGGCGCUGGCCUCUGAGCUGCUGGACUGGAUUGACAAGACCAUUGCAGUCAUCAGUAACCAGAAGUUUGCCAACUCCCUGAGCGGGGUGCAGCAUCAGCUACAAGCCUUCACCAGCUACUGCACUGUGGAGAAGCCCAGCAAGUUCCAGGAGAAGGGGAACCUGGAGGUGUUGCUCUUCACAAUCCAGAGCAAACUCCGCGCCAACAACCAGAAGCCGUACGUCCCUCCGGAGGGCAAGUUGCUCGCAGACAUCAACAAGGCCUGGGAGCGACUGGAAAAGGCAGAGCAUGAAAGAGGCGUGGCCCUGCGCAAAGAGCUCAUUCGUCAGGAGAAGCUGGAGCUGCUGGCUCAGCGCUUCGACCACAAGACCACCAUGAGGCAGGCGUGGCUCAACGAGAACCAGAGGCUGGUGUCACAGGUGCCCUCUUACUCACUAAUCCACAUAAACUCGUCCUCUCUGUUGAAAUGCAUCUAUCUCAUACUUGAUAUGCUAUGA